GCUGUGUCCCUGUCCCCAGUAUCCCCAGUAUCCCCAGUGUCCCCAGUACCCGUGUCCCUGUCCCCAGUGGCCGUGUCCCCGCAGGUGGUGGCCACUCUGGAGGGACACGAGAACGAGGUGAAGUCGGUGGCCUGGGCACCCUCGGGGACGCUGCUGGCGACCUGCAGCCGUGACAAGAGCGUCUGGGUCUGGGAGGUGGACGAGGAGGAGGAGGAGUUUGAGUGUGUCAGCGUGCUCAGCGCACACACACAGGACGUCAAACACGUGGUGUGGCACCCCAGCCUGCAGCUGCUGGCCAGCGCCAGCUACGACGACACGGUGCGCCUGUACCGCGAGGACGAGGACGACUGGCUGUGCUGCGCCACGCUGCAGGGGCACACCUCCACCGUCUGGGCGCUGGCCUGGGAGCGCGGCGGGCAGCGCCUGGUGUCCUGCAGCGACGACCGCACCCUGCGCGUGUGGCAGCACUGUGACACCCAGGGACACGGCAGCGGCUCGGAGCCCAGCUGGAAAUGCGUGUGCACCCUGUCCGGGUACCACGGGCGCAGCAUCUACGACGUGGCCUGGUGUCACCUGACGGGCGCGGUGGCCACGGCGUGCGGUGACGACGCCGUGCGCGUGUUCGAGGAGGCGGCCCCGGGCGCGUCCCCGCUGUCCCCGGUCACCUUCGCGCUGUGCGCCCACGUCCCCCGCGCCCACGCCCAGGACGUCAACGGCGUGGCGUGGCACCCGCGGGAGCCCGGGCUGCUGGCCACCUGCGGCGACGAUGGUGACAUCGCCCUGUGGCGCUACCAGCGCCCCGACGGCCCCUGAGCGACACCGGGGACACCGGGGACACCCAGGGGACACUGGGGACACCCAGGGGACAUCGGGGACAUCGAGGGGACAUCGAGGGGACACCCAGGGGACACCGGGGACAUCGCCCUGUGGCGCUACCAGCGCCCCGACGGCCCCUGAGCGACACCGGGGACAUCGAGGACAUCGAGGGGACACUGGGGACAUCGAGGGGACAUCGCCCUGUGGUGCUACCAGCGCCCCGACGGCCCCUGAGCGACACCGGGGGGACACUGGGGACAUCGGGGACACCCAGGGGACACCGGGGACAUCCAGGGGACACUGGGGACAUCGCCCUGUGGCGCUACCAGCGCCCCGACGGCCCCUGAGCGACACCGGGGACACUGGGGACACCCAGGGGACAUCGGGGACAUCGAGGGGACAUCGGGGACAUCAGGGACAUCGCCCUGUGGCGCUACCAGCGCCCCGACGGCCCCUGAGAGACACCGGGGGGACACCGGGGACACCGGGGACACCCAGGGGACACCCAGGGGACAUCGGGGACAUCGAGGGGACAUCGAGGGGACACCCAGGGGACACCGGGGACAUCGCCCUGUGGCGCUACCAGCGCCCCGACGGCCCCUGAGCGACACCGGGGACACCCAGGGGACAUCGAGGGGACACCCAGGGGACACCAUGUCCUCUGAGGGGACAUCGAGGGGACACCCAGUGCUCUGAGGGGACACCCAGGGGACACUGGGGGACAUCGAGUGCUCUGAGGGACACCGGGGGGACACUGGAGGAUAUCAAGGGGACAUUGGGGACAUCGAGGGGACACCCAGGGGACACUGGGGGACAUCAGGGGACACCCAGUGCUCUGGGGGGACACCAGGCACCCUGGGGACAUCCAGGGGGACACCGACUGCUCUGGGGGACACCCAGGGGACACUGGGGGACAUCGAGUGUUCUCAGGGACACCGGGGACGUCUGGGGGGACACUGAAUGCUCUGAGGGACAUCGAGGGGACACCCAGGGGACACCAUGUCCUCUGAGGGGACACUGGGGGACAUCGAGUGCUCUGAGGGACACUGAGUGCUGUGGGGGAACAUCCAGGGGACACUGGGGGACAUUGAGUGCUCUGAGGUGACACCCAGGGGACACCCAGGGGACACUGGGGGACAUCGAGUGUUCUCAGGGACACCGGGGACACCUGGGGGGACACGGAGUGCUCUGGGGGGACACGGCCACCCUGCCCGGCCUCCAGGACAGCCCAGGGCUCUCCAGGAGCCUCCUGUGGCCUCCGGGAUCCCCCAAAGUUCUCCAGACCUCGGUGGCCUCUGGGAUCCCCCUGUGGCCUCCAGGACCCCUCCAGGACCCCUCCGGGACCCCUCCGGGAUCUCCCGAUGUUCUCCAGGAGAUCUCAGUGGCCUCCAGGAGCCUCCUGUGGCCUCUGGGAUCACCCAAAGUUCUCCAGGAACAUUCCAGGAGCUCCCAAAGUUCUCUGGAACCUCCCUGUGGCCUCCAGGAUCUGUCACCGUCCCCCAGGAGAUGUCACUGUUCUCCAGGAGCUCCCAGUGACCUCCGGGGUUCCCCAGUGUUCUCCAGAACCCCCCGUGCCCUCCAGGACCUCCCAGAGACCUCCAGGACCCUUGCUGUGACUUCCAGAACAUCUCAGUGACUUUCAGAAUUCCCCAGGGUUCUCCAAGACCCCCUGUGGCCUCCAGGAUCCCCCCAUGUUCUCCGGGAUCACCCCACAUGUUCCAGGAUCACCAGUGUUCUCCAGGAUCCCCCCACGUGCUCCAAGACCACCUCACAUGCUCCAGGAUCCCCCCAUGUUCUCCGGGAUCACCCCACAUGUUCCAGGAUCACCAGUGUUCUCCAGGACCACCCCAUGUUCUCUGGGAUGACCCCACAUGCUCCAGGAUCCCCCCACGUGCUCCAAGACCACCCCACGUUCUCCAGGAUCCCCCCACGUGCUCCAGGACUAUCCCAUGUUCUCCAGGAUCACCAGUGUUUCCCGGGAUCACCCCAUGUGUUCCAAGACCACCCCAUGUUCUCUGGGAUCCCCCCACGUUCUCUGGGAUCCCCCCACGUGCUCCGGGACCUUCCCAAACCCCCCGGCCCCCCCCGUGUCCCCCUCCCGUCCCUCGGGAUCCAUGGGGAUCUGUGGGGAGCUCCUGCCCCAGAGCCAAUAAAAACCCAAAG